CAGUCAGUGGUCUUCUGUCUCAAUAUGUUCAAAACCCCCCCGGAAUACAAAAAUCAUCGAUUCCUUUAUCCCUGAGUUUUUGCUGCCUUCUUUUCACAGAUUCCCAAAGGCAUCUGAAAAAAAUAAAACAAAAACAACUUCUUGACAAAAAUACUUAGAAAACGUGCAUAGUUUAUCCCUUUAAAAAACAAUCAGGCAGCUGCUAGUUUGAGACACAGCAACAAAGAAGGCAAAAAAAAUCAUGAGCAGGUAUGAAAACGUCAGUUUUACACUUUCUUUCUUCUUCUUCUUUCAGCUGGUGUUCUCUCAGCUACCUUCAAAGCAAAUUGCCACCAUGACUAAUCUUUAUGAGAUGCUUCAGAAUAAUAGUGGGAAUUCAUCAUUUCGAUGGAGUAAUGCGAAAAAAGACUCUAAUCCAUGUUCAUGGGUGGGAGUUUCAUGCAGUUCAAGCAACUCCUCUGUAACUGAACUUUCUUUACCAUUGUUUUCAAUAUCUAGCUCAGAAAUUCUGCCUGUUAUUUGCCAGAUUGAUAGCUUAGAAUCUCUUGACAUCUCUAAUAAUCAUUUGAGCUCAAUCCCAUAUGUGUUUAUCUCUUCCUGUGGUGGGAUCAGUGGUUUGAAACUGCUGAAUAUUAGUAGGAACGAAUUGGGUGGUUCUUUGCCUACUUUUAAUGGUUUUCAAAAGUUAGAGGUCUUGGACUUGUCUCGUAAUUCUCUGAUGGGGAACAUCAAUUUGCAAUUCGAUGGGUUGGAUUCUCUGAAGAGUUUGAACCUGAGCUACAACAAUUUCACUGGACCUCUACCAAUCAAUCUUGGGAAAAACAAUCUUUUACAAGAACUUCAGCUAUCUACUAAUGGUUUUCAAGGUGAAAUCCCGGUAGGGCUAGUGAAAUAUGGUAAUUUAUCUCUGAUUGAUCUUAGUCACAAUGAACUUUCAGGAUUAAUCCCUGAGAGAUUUGGAGAGCUUUCCAAGCUCCAAAUAUUGGUUCUCUCAGGAAGCAAUUUGAGAGGUGAAAUUCCUAAGCUCCUUGUAAAGAUUCAAACACUAUUCCGAUUUGCUGCGAACCAGAAUAAUUUUGUUGGAAAUAUUCCUCCUGGGAUUACUACGUAUCUCAGGAAUUUGGACCUCAGUUUCAACAAGCUAAGUGGAACCAUUCCCCAAGACCUUUUAUCCCCACGCAAUUUGCUGUCAGUAGAUUUGUCUUCCAAUUUGUUAGAGGGGCCAAUACCAACAGAGAUCUCUUUAAGCCUCUUCAGGUUGAGGUUGGGAGGCAAUUUAUUAAAUGGGACAGUCUCAUUUCGAUCAUAUGGAAGCCUUACCAAAUUGACCUAUUUGGAGCUGGACAACAACAGUCUAACAGGCGAAAUACCUCCUGAAUUGGGAUUAUGCCGAAGUUUAGCUCUCUUGAAUUUAGCCCAGAAUAGGCUGACUGGGGUCUUGCCUGUACAAUUGGGUAAUCUUGCCAAUCUUCAAGUUUUAUACCUUCAGAAGAAUAAGUUGGUUGGAGUUAUCCCUCAUCAGUUUACACAGUUACACAGUUUGCAGAGAAUGAAUUUCAGUUCAAAUUCAAUUGGUGGCUCAAUUCCUGCUUCAAUUUCCAAAUUGCAAAAUCUAACAAACUUGGACUUGCGACAUAAUAAUCUGAGUGGUCCAAUUCCCAUUUCCAUUCGCACUCUGAAUCUCCUAUUGGAACUUCAACUUGGAAAUAACCAACUCAGUGGAGAUGUUCCAGCAAUGCCAUCAUCAUUGCAGAUUGCUCUGAAUCUCAGCAACAAUUUUUUUGGCGGGCCUAUUCCCGUGUCGCUAUCUGGAUUGAUCGCAUUGGAGGUUUUGGAUCUUUCGAAUAACAACUUUUCAGGUGUAAUCCCGAACUUCCUCACUGAAAUGGCAGGCUUAACGCAACUUGUACUUUCAAACAACCAACUUUCUGGAGAUAUUCCGAAGUUUAAACAAUAUGUUACGGUUGUGACAGGUGGAAAUAAGGGUCUAAACCAAGCACCAUCAAAUGCUCCUCCUGCAUCAUCAAAGAAAAAGAGAACUGUUUCAGUUGGUGUGGUUAUAGGAGCAGCAGUUGCUGCUGCCUUGGCUGCUGGUCUGCUCACAUUAAUUGUUAUUUCUAUAUCAAGACGGUAUUACAGGGUCAAUGACAUGCACCUGCAAUCAGAAGAGGCCGCUUCUGAACAGCAAGUAAUCCUCGGAAAUCUGUUGACUGCAAAUGGCAUUCAUAGGUCAAACAUAGACUUUAUGAAAGCCAUGGAGGCGGUGGCAAACAACUCAAAUAUCAUCUUGAAGACAAAGUUCUCGACCUACUACAAAACUGUCAUGCCAUCUGGUGCAAACUAUCUGGUCAAGAAGCUUACUUGGAGUGACAAGAUAUUUCAAUUGGGCAACCAUGAAAGGUUCGGAGAAGAGCUUGAAGUGAUUGGGAAAUUGAGUAAUUCAAAUGUCAUGAUCCCUCUGGCCUAUGUGUUGACUGUGGAUAGUGCUCAUCUCUUCUACGACUUUGCCCCGAAGGGUACCCUUUUUGAUCAUCUUCAUGGUAACUCGGAAAGUGCCUUGCAUUGGGCAAGUCGUUACAGCAUAGCCAUUGGAGUAGCUCAAGGUUUAACCUUUCUGCACGGAUGCCCUUCCGGUUCAAUUCUGCUCCUUGACCUUUCCAGCAAAAGUAUUCUGCUGAAGUCUCUGAAUGAGCCUCAGAUUGGAGAUAUUGAGCUCUGCAAAGUUAUUGAUCCUUCAAAGAGUACUGGAAGUCUUUCUACAGUGGCUGGAUCUGUUGGAUAUAUUCCACCAGAAUAUGCGUACACUAUGAGAGUUACGAUGCCUGGAAAUGUCUACAGCUUUGGAGUACUCCUGCUUGAACUACUCACAGGAAAGCCAGCAGUUAAUCAGGGGACUGAACUGGCCAAGUGGGUUCUGAGCAACUCUGCGCAGCAAAACAAAUGGGACAACAUUCUUGACUUUAGUGUGAUCAAAACAUCUCUUGCAGUUAGGAGUCAAAUGCUUGCAGUCCUGAAGGUAGCACUCGCUUGUGUCAGUGCAUCACCAGAGGGUAGACCGAAAAUGAAGAGUGUGCUGAGAAUGCUCCUAAAUGCCAGAUAACUCUCUGCAUUUUUGCCACACAUUGCCAUACAUCAGUGAGCUGCAUACAACCUUUUGGUUUUUAUUUAGCCUCUUUUUUCUAUAUGAAUAUGUCUCUAAUACAUGUAUAUAAAAGAAAGCUUUAGGAUGAGCAUAUACCAAAUCCUACAAACUUUACCCUAAUUUUCGGCUUC